GUUGACAAAGUCCUUCCUUGACAAUCUUCCUCCACAUACCUCCCGUUGAUCCAAUUUUUUAUCCAGCUUUUUUCAUUUACCACAGACGAUGCAGAUACCCUAUUAUUAUGAUCAUCGACAAAUACCAAUCCGAAGCGGAGCUUUCAGCGAUGUCUAUAAAGCGUCUUUCGGAGGAAAAUGCGUGGCAGUCAAGGUAUUCAGGGAAACAGCUUCCAAAUAUGAGAUGGAGAAGGUAGAAAAGCGGCUUGAACGAGAGAUCGCAUUUGCACAUUCCCUCCAUCACAAACACCUUCUACCAAUCUUAGGCGAGUUCAAGGGAGAAGGAAAUAUAUUGAUAUCGACCAUUACGCCCUGGAUGCAGCAUGGGAACGUUCUCGAUUAUCUGGCGAAGAGCAAGGUGAACAGGACAGGAAUGGUCAUCAUGAUCGCCGAUGCCCUGAAAUACCUCCACAACCAGGACGUCGUGCAUGGACAUGUUUUUCCCGGCAAUGUUUUGAUAGCUGAUUUUGGCAUGCCCAUGAUUACCGAUUUCGGUGUCAGCGCCAUCCAUGAGGUGCUCAGAGCCUCAACCAUCGCUCCAAUAGGCCAGCUCCGCUAUCUGGCCCCUGAGAUAGUUCUCAGCGAAUCGAUAAUUAGGGCGAGCAAAUCCACCGACGUUUACGCGUUUGCUUGUGUUGGAAUGGAGAUCCUGUCAGCCGAAGAACCAUUCCACGCGAUUCAAUCAGAUGUUGGUAUUAUUCUCGCCUUGCACGAUGGAAAGUCUCCAUAUCCUACCUUUACAUUGCACGACGCCGUUUCCGUCGCCCUACACGAGUGUUUGAAUCAGUCCGCAGAAAGACGUCCGACAAUGGACACCGUCUAUGAGCGGAUAGCUUUAUCUUCCCAAUAUGAUGCAGGCGACUUGAGAGGGCGGGCCAGGCUCUGA